AUGCGACCACAUAAUGCAUCUGCGGCCCACAAAAUGGGCCGCAAAAUGGACCUUGGGAACUGGGCACAUUCUGCCCGAAGCCCCGAGUGCUCGGGUGCGUUUCAGAUUGGAUCCGGAAUGAUUUUUUUCAUGAUUUUAAGUGCUGGUACUGGUAUCAUCGCAAUUGCGAUGUUUUUGUCGCAAAUGCGACUAUCGCAAUUGCGCAGCAGCCUCACAUUUGUGAACUUGGGUUGCUGGGGACUGGAUCGCAAUUGCGAUGAAGUUGUCGCUUUUGCGAAGCCUGAAGAGUUUCCCAUUUGCGAACUCUGUAUCGCAUUUGUGAUGAAGGCAUGGUCUGUCAGGAGUCACAUUUGCGAUGUUUUGUCCGCAUUUGCGGAGGGAAACCUUCUAACAAAACGUUUUCCUGAGCGGUCGUGCUCCAAAGCUGUUUGGAUAAAGGAUGGAGGUGUGAAAUGGGAGCCGCAUCUGCGCAUUCGCAGAUGUGGAGGAUUGACCGUAGGAGCAAAAAGGGGCGGCAUGGCUAGAGUCGCAGAUGCGGAAGGUCAUCCGCAGAAGCGGGCCCGCAGGUUCAUCAUACCAGCCUCGCUUGUUGUGUAUUUGCGGCUGUUCCGGAGACUUCAAGCACCUCAUUACAGUAUCCAGGAAAGAGGAGCAGAGAAGGAGAGGAAACUGUUCACUGAACUUCUACAGAAACAGAUUGAGGAAGAGAGGUCUAGAGUUCCCAAAGCAAUUCCAUAUCCUUACACAACUGACUACCCUGUGAUUCCACCAAAACCAGAACCUAAGCAUUGUACAAGACCAGAACCUUUCCAACUGGAGAGUCUGCUCAGGCAUGAAAGGGAGAUGCAGAGGGAAUUAGAAGAACGGCAAAGAUUGGAAAAGGAAGAAGCAAAGAUGAGGACUUUUAGAGCGCAACCAGUCUUGAUCGAGGAUCCAAUUCCAGUUCCUGAGAAAGAACGUAAACCACUAACUCAAGUUGAGGGAUUUAAUCUACAUGUAGAUCACCGUGCUGUUGGUAGAGCUGAGUUUGAUAAGAAGAUCAAGGAGAAAGAACUAAUGUAUCAAAAAUAUAGGGAGGAGGCAGAAGCUGCUAGACUGAUGGAGGAGGAGAAGGCCCUGAAACAGUUACGGAAAACUUUGGUGCCUCAUGCAAGACCUGUGCCUAAAUUUGAUCAUCCUUUCCUCCCACAGAAGUCUUCCAGAGCAGUGACAAAACCAAGAUCACCCAAGCUGCUGAUAAUUAAGAGGCAAGAAAGGAGAAAAAUGGCGUGUCCCUAUGCAGCAGCAGUUUCUAGUGCUGCCUCCAAGAUGAGGUGAACUAGUAAAUUCUUAGGAAGACAAUGAAAGAGAAAGAUGGUCCCCAAUGAGGUUGAAAAUGUUUAAGUGAUUCAAAACUGGGGAUGAAUUGUUCAAGAAUCCUUGAACCCCAUGGGCAUACGAGGGACAAUGCUACCAAAUGGCUGGAACCGAUAAUGUGUUUGUCUGUAAAAGAUGUGCCCUUUCUUUUGAGAACUGAAUAUACAAACCAAAUAGUUUAUAUAUAUUAACAAUAGGCUUUUUUCCCUUUUCUUUCUUUUGUUUGGUAUUAAUAUAUCAAAUAAGAAAGAGGAGGAAGCAGGAAGUAAGAGUAGUAAAACCAAUAUAUAAUCUAUUAGUGUCUGUUUCUGUGAA